AUGGGCGUCGCACGGCCUUCCUCCAGCGACUGGUCAUCUGCAGUGUAUAUGGUGCCGAAGAAGACGGGAGACUGGCGCCCAUGCGGCGACUACCGCGCCUUGAACCUCGUCACAGUCCCCGACCGGUACCCUCUGCCCCGUCUUCAGGAUUUCCUCGCACAGGAUUUCACCGUCAACCUGCACUGCGCCACCAUCUUCAACGACCUACUUGUUGCCAGCCCUUCACCUGAACUGCACGGGCAACACCUGCGCCUGCUUUUCCAGCGUCUCGCAGCCCACGGUAUCGUGGUUAACGUGCAAAAGUGCGAAUUUGGAGUUUCCGCCACCGAGUUCCUCGGACAUCAGGUCACGGCCGAAGGUAUAGCUCCACUCCCCAUCAAAGUGGACGCAGUUACCAACUAUCCCCAGACUCGAUCUCUGCAUCAACUGCGCCGUUUCCUCGGUCUUGUUAAUUUUUAUCGGCGCUUUAUUCCUCACUGCGCCGAAACCCUUCGCGCUCUCGAAGAACUCCGCCGUGGGAAUAGGUCUGCUUCGGCGUUGCUACCGUGGAACCCUGAAGCUCACGCCGCGUUCCUUCAGAUCAAGGAAGACUUGUCACGGUCGACCAUGCUCUACCACCCAAAGCACGACGCUCCCACGGCCCUCAUGAUCGAUGCAUCCGGAAUAGCCGUCGGCGGUGUUCUCCAGCAGAGAAUAGACGGCGCUUGGCGACCCGUUGCUUUUUUCUCCAAAGGCCUCAAGCCUCCGGAGAAGAAGUACAGUACCUUCGGCAGAGAACUGCUGGCCGCAUAUCUUGCCGUGCGUCACUUCCGCCACUUCCUGGAGGGCUGCAGAUUCACGAUCCUAACGGAUCAAGCCCCUGACCAUGUCAACGGCACCGAGGGCGGCCCUGCCGACGCUCUCAGCCGCGUGGAAGCUGUAUCCGCCUCGCCACUGUCUCCCGAGGCCCUUGCCGCCGCCCAAGCCGCUGACCACGAGCUACAGCGCUUGCAGACAUUACAACUUGGGUCCGCACAUGCAUACCAUGCCAACGGUCCACCGCCAUACCGUGGCAAGUUCGACCUCCCGGAUGCACGUUUCGACGUCGCGCACGUUGACAUUGUCGGAUCCCACCCUGUCUCAGCCGGGUGUCGCUUCAUCUUAACAGCCGUCGAUAGGUACACCAGGUGGCCUGAGGCCACACCCAUCCCUGACUCCACCACCGAUACUGUCGCUUCAGCUUUCCUCGCUACAUGGGUCGCACGUUUCGGCGUUCCUAGUCAAGUAACCACAGACAGCGGCCGCCAAUUCGAGAGCAAUCUCUUUUCAUCCUUCACGCGGCUCAUCGGCACGUCCCGCAUACGUACGACGUCUUACCACCCUGCGUCCAACGGCCUUGUGGAGCGGCUGCACCGCAUCCUUAAGGCUGCUCUAACGGCGUUCGAAGACAGAGCUCAUUGGACAGACCAUCUUCCACUCGCCCUCCCGGCAUUCAAGCCUUACGCGUCCCAAGCCCUCGACGACGCUACCCACGUUUUCAUCCUAACAGACGCCGUACGCAAGCCACUCACGCCCUCCUACACCGGUCCCCACCUCGUUCUGGGCCGCGCCCGCAAGAACAUUCGCGUGAGCGUGGACGGCAAGCAUGACACAGUAUACUGCGUCAUCCUUGCCGUGCACGCUGACGCUUAUAUGCCGUGCACGCUGAUACUGACGCUUAUAAGCGUCGACCGUGUGAAGUCAGCCUUCAUAGAGAACCGGUCCGUUGCCGACUAG